AACUACUGUGAACUUACUGUUGAAUGUUGUUUGACUUGAAAUUUGAAUGCUGAAUGUGUAAUAUACCUACCUCGUAAUCUAACCUAUAACUAUCUGCUAUCACAAUUCACAGAAUUCUAUCUUGUUGCUACUUGCUAUAAUAAUAUAUAGCAUAUUUCAGUUAUUAAUUACUAUCCUGUAUCCUUAACUCGAGUCGUGCGUUGUGCUUAUUAUAAUAAAUUAUAAUUCAUAAUAGUAAAAUACAAUUUUAACAAUAUCACUACACAAACACUAUACAUUUGUUUUGUCUAAUAGAUACCUACCCUACUUGUACUACAAAAAAGCAUUUCAAUGUCAGGAGUCAAUCGUUAUGGUCAUUAUAGAUCCAGCCAGGGCACAUCAAACAAUAGUCGGCAAAUCCCUAAAAAUUGGAUGAAUUGUCCUUCUAUAGCUACUUUUUCGGUAGCCGAUUCAUUUGUGACAUUUAAAACACCAUUAGAUUAUAAAUAUGACAGUAAAAUAACAAUCAUGAAGAGAUUCAAUCCACAAAUGGUAUUUAGUCAUAUGUGUUCAUAUCAGCAAAGUAUUGGUUUAUGGAUUGAUCUCACAAACACUACACGCUACUACAGUCAAUACGAAGUUGAAGAUAUGGGAUGUGCUUAUGUAAAAAUACCUUGUGUCGGUCAUGGGAAUUUGCCUAACCGACAAGUAGUUGAAUUUUUUUUAAAUAUUUGCUAUAAUUUUCUUGAAAACAAUUUUUCACAGUUCAUAGGUGUUCAUUGCACUCAUGGCUUUAACCGGACAGGAUUUUUGAUAGUUUCUUAUUUAAUAGAAGUGUUAAAUUAUGAUGUAGCAAAUGCAAUACAUCAUUUUGCAGCAGCUAGACCUCCUGGUAUCUACAGACAAAAUUAUAUAGAUGAGCUUUACAGACGUUAUUCAAAUGAAGCACCUAUCAUUGCUCCAAUACCUCAUUGGAUUCAUUAGUUCUUAAAUUCUAAAUCUUUUAAGUUAUUGACAUAAUAUUUUUGUAUCAUAUAAUCGCCUACAUUGCUCAAAUUAAAAAAUGUAAUUUAUAUAUGAUUUUAUAAUUUAACACAAAUUUCAAUAUUAGUAACAUCGUAAUAAUAAAAAUAUAUUGGUAUUCGUUAAGUACUUUAGUAAUAGUGUAUGACUUAUGGGACCGAUACUUAAUUAAAAACAGUAAAAUUAAAAAUCAUAAGAUUAUGUUAAUAAUUAUUGAGUUAAUUAGUUAUUCAAAUAUAAAAUAAUACAGAACUAAAUGAAUCAUGUAAAAAUCAGUCAAACAAAAUAUCAGUAAAAAAAAAUGUAUGAACACACAUAAAUACUACCUGUUACAUCUAUUACAGAAAUGUCAAUAUUAUUCAAAAAAUGUUAUAAAAUUAUUUUAUUAUAAAAAAAUAUAUUUUAAACUAUUUUAUUUUUAAAAAAUAGGUAAGUCACACUUUUUGUAUAUCACUUAAAAAAAUUUUAAAAUGUAUCUUUCUUGUUCAUAGAUUUAAUAGAUCGGUCUACGUUAAUCGCACAUAAUAUAGAUAAUUGUCUUGAUAGGUGGUCAUAUACUACCAGGUAAAACAGUUAGGUCACAUACCAAACUCGAAUUUUGCUCGUAAUUCACAUACUAAACGAAUACCAAAAUACAUUUAUAGAUAAUAAUGUAAUAUAAAUGUAAAAAAUAAAAAUACAUUGUGCAGAAGGUUCUAUUAUAUUAAAUACAAACCAGCAUAAAACAUAUCCAUAA